AUGGGUGAUGGUCGUGAGGGCGAGCGACAACCGCUCUUAAAAAAUGAAAACGUCAAUUAUAGUUCACGUACCAGUGAUGCCAUUGAUGGUACAGAAUCAAAUGUCAACACAGUUUCACCAAUUGGUCCUGAUGAGGUGCCACCACCCUAUCAAUCUGCGAACCAAAGCGGCAUGCCGAUGGUCACCUGCAGAGUGUGCCAGGCAAUGAUUGAUAUUUCCGGAAAAAAAGAUCAACAUGUUGUCAAGUGUAACCAGUGUAAUGAAGCUACGCCAAUAAGAAACGCUCCACCGGGUAAAAAAUACGUCCGAUGUCCUUGCAAUUGUUUAUUAAUAUGCAAGAGUUCAUCACAACGUAUUGCUUGUCCCAGACCAAAUUGCAAACGCAUCAUAAACCUUGCGCCUAGUCCGGUUACUCCACCGGUGCUAUCGAUGCCUGGGAUGUGUCGAGUAUGCUGUGCACAUUGUCAUGAUACAUUUUUGUUUAAUACUCUCAAUAAUGCAUUGGCGCGAUGUCCACAUUGUCGCAAAGUGUCUUCCGUUGGACCAGAUUUCGCUAGAGGACGUGGAAUAAUGUUUAUAACAAUUGGAAUUAUAGCUCUUAUUAUUGGUAUUUCUGUAACAGCCGGAACGUACAGUCUUGUCCGUGAUAACGGUGGAAUUUACGUUGUAUACAUUGGUGCAUUUUUAAUUGCGCUCAUCUGUCUAGCACGAAGUGUUUACUACUGUACACUAAAGAACAGUCUGAUUGAGGGUCCAUUGUAG